UCUCGGGGUCGGGCCCCCACCGAGAUCGGCGCCCCGGGCCAGGCGAUAGGCGACCGCCCGUCACCUUCCCAGGGAGGCGGCAGUCAUCCCGGCUGAGGGCUCCCCGAGCGGGAAGGGGCUUUGCUGAUGUGGGGCAUAGGCUCUGGCUGGGGAGGACCUGCAGAAAAGGGCGACUGGGGCCGAAGGACCGGGGGCGGUGCUCCCUCGGUGUGGGAUCGCCUGAGAGGAGCCCUGGAAGAGCCUGGAGAUGCAGAAGGAUGGAGUUUGGCAGGGAGUCAGGGCUCCUGGAGAGCAGACGGGUUGAGUCAGUGGCCCGGUAUCCUACCCCCCAUUCCCCUGGGGAAGCACCCCGCACUGGUUCGGGGAGAACUCAGCUGGUGGAGAUCCUCCGAUCGGAGCCCGGGGAGCUGCCCCGGAGCUGGGCUCGACCACCGCGAGGCUCUCCGGAGGGCGAGGGAAAGGCUCUACGGGGCUCACGGCACAGCAUCUGCCCCGAGGAGGGAGCAGAGGGCAGAGGUGCGGAAGGGCGCUGCCUGCUCCCCUCUUUGCCCUCAGCGCAGGGGCAGAACCAUUUCCCCUUGGAGCACCUUCUCUUCACUGCGAGGGGAAGGUGAGGCCGCCUGCUGGAGAGCCCCAGAGCCCCCCUGCUUGCCUCAGCACCUCUAGGAAAGCCUCCUGGCCGUGCCAACGCCUUGGCUCACGGGCACAUGCUCGGUGUCCCCUUUCCAGGCAGCAGGGAACUUCCUCCUGUCGCUGUGCUUGUCGCUCCAGACCACGGGCUUCCCGAGCGCUGGGCUGGCUCCUCGAGUGCCGGGCUGCCUGCCCGGAGGCUGGGAAGCAGCUCAGCCCGCAGAGGGAGGACAGCACCCUGCGCCCACCACUGCCAGAGCCAGCCGCAAUUUGAGCCGAGCAAAGCCAAGCCGAGAGGUCCCACUCCUGGAAAAGGGGCUGUGAGGGGGGGUGCCAGCCCAGCCGCUGCUCCGUUCCCGGGAGCGCAUGGGGACAGCAUUGAGGGACCAGGAGCUGCAGAGGAUGUGUGGGCCGCAUUAGGAGAAGUCGGUGGCACUACUUGCCCCAGAAUAGUGUCCGGAGAGAGGUCCAAGCUUUCCCAUUGCAAUAGUGGAUAUUUGAGCUCUGCUUCAGCUUCACCAGGUGAUUUUUCUUUUUAGAGCUUCAGCUUCACCAGGUGAUUUCAUUUUUCUUGUUAGAGUUAAUACUAGAUCAUAAAAACCCAGAGCAGCUAGAGGAGGGGGAAGGGAGAACAGGGACUGAUGUCAUGUGAGAGCCAGCCAGCAUCUGAGGAGGAGAGAAGCCAGGGCCUCACAGGGACAGGAGGAGUAGGGCUGUGCGAGCAUGCCUGAAGGUGCUGUCAGCCCAGCCAGGAAAAACUCUUGUUUGCCUGUCUGUUCGGAAAACCAGUUGGGAAACUGCACUGCCUUUUCCCUAUGAAUGCUUUAGGAUGAGCCAUGACUGAAGGUCCCUGCAGACCUUUGCCUGGGGAAGGUGAUGUGCUGAGCUGAGCCUGGGAGCAAAUUCAGGAGUCCCUUGGGCUGUAGCUGGUCAUCCCCUCAGAGGGUAUCCUUCUAGCAUCCCUCCAUAUAUGUGGGCAGGACCCCGCUGCACCCAUGGCAAACAGAAGGAGUCCGUGCCUGGAGGUGAGGUAGGGGUGAGCACAGCAGCUGGGGCUGUUUGCCCUGGAGAAGACCAUGUCAGAAGGGCCUGAGCAGAAAGUUCUGGGCUGGGAGGUAGGUGCAAGGAGCUCAGGGAAAUCCUCUGCAGCAAAGAAUGGGAGAAGUUUACGAACACCUGAAACCAGAGGGGUGCUGUGAACAAUGUGGAUGUCAGAAGUGCUACCCCACAAGGGCCACUGCAGAAAGUGAGACAGCCAUGUCUGUAAGUCAAUUCAGCUCCAGCUUUGUCAUCUGUAACCAGCCCAUCUUGGCUGAGCCCUUGUCCCCUUUGAAGGCAGAUGGGUGGGAGCAAAGCUGAGCCAUGCUGUGCUUGGCAGUAUGGCUCCCAGCCGGGCUGGGUGAGGGGGAAGGCAGAUCUCACCCCCACGAGUGUGCCCUCAGCCAGCCGGUCUGUGUAAUUCCCUGUGACAGUUCAAUGCAGAGCGAAGCUGGCAGCUUGGUGGCGGAUGCAUGAAAGGAUGCAGGUUCGGAGUCUCUUCCUCCUCCUGGUGCUGGUCCUGGUGGCUGCCACUGUUGAGGCUAGCAAGAACAAGAAAGAAAAGGCAAAGAAGGAUGGCUCCAAAUGCGAGGACUGGCGCUGGGGACCCUGUGUUCCCAACAGUAAGGACUGUGGCCUGGGCUACCGUGAGGGAACUUGCAAAGAUGAGAGUAAGAAGCUCAAGUGCAAGAUCCCCUGCAACUGGAAAAAGAAAUUUGGAGCUGACUGCAAGUACAAGUUUGAGAGCUGGGGAGGCUGUAGUGCUCAGACAGGUCUGAAGACUCGCUCCGGCAUCCUGAAGAAAGCCCUGUACAAUGCCCAGUGUGAGGAGACUGUCUAUGUGACCAAGCCCUGCUCCUCCAAGAUCAAGUCGAAGUCCAAAGCAAAGAAGGGCAAGGGGAAGGACUAGAGCAGGAAACCAGCGUCCUCAUCGGCCCCUCAACAUGGUGCCUACAGGACUGGAUGUCCAGCGGUACCUGGCCCACACUACAGUCUUCCUCCUCUUCUUACUCCUUUCCAUGACCUCCUCUUUCACUGAGAUGCCUUGUUUUAAUCAUUAGUGUUGUAGAGAGCAAACCCACCCACCCUGCAGGAUAGGCUGCCUCCUUCCUUGCUGCCCCAUGGGCACUACCAGUGCAUCCUGCUCACCUCCUCUGGGCUGGUGUUGGGGUUCACUGGGAUGUGCUCAGAGAGCUGGGAUGGAACACACAUUUUUCCACCCCAGCACAAAUUAAUUGCCUUUAGCACAGUGUUUUGCAAGCCCAGGAGCCUCCUUGCUCCUCCACCAGGUACCAGUGCUAGAGGGAAGGGCUGGGUGUUGAAUGUUCAAGUAAUCCCAUCACUGGAGCUUCUCACUCAAGGACUGCUCUCACCUCAGGGGGCUUAUUCCAGCAUCCCUUUGGCUGGGGCAUGACUUACCUGCAGCAGUUGAGGAAAACACAGCCAUCACCCUGAGAAGCAACUGUGUCUCCUCACUGUCACUUCUACUGUGUAUCCAUGCUGGGGCUGCAGGCCCUCUGCCUUUGCCAUGCCAACACCAGUGCUGGGUGGGAGCUCUUCUUUUGGAAUUUUUCUUUUUCUUUUCCAAUAAAAAUAUUUUUUAAAAAA